AUGUGGCCGGCGGCGGCGGCGCGGGGUCCGUGGGGCGCGCGGACGGGGCUCGGGGCGCUGUGGCGCGGCCUGCACCUCUCGCCGGCCUCGAGCGGCAAGAACCUGCUCAAGAAGUUCGCGAAGAGGACCAGAAAGAAGUUUUGGUACGAAGGUCCUUCCUUGGGCUCUCACCUGACUCACAAGCCAUCCCAGCUGGAAUUCCUAACCAAGAGUAGUUCAGUGAAGACCAAGAAGGAAGACCACAUCCGCCAGAGGGCCCUGAGCGGCCUCCUCUACAAAGCUUUGACAGAUCUGCUGUGCACCCCAGAAGUGAGCCAAGAAGUCUGUGACCUGAAUGUGGAGCUCUCCAAGGUCUCUCUGACUUCAGACUUUUCGGCAUGCCGCGUGUACUGGAAGACCACACUGUCUGCUGAGCACAACGCGCAUGCUCAGGCUGUCCUGCAGAAGAGUGCGACACAAAUAAGGCAUCUUUUGCUGUCUCUACAGAUUCUGAGGAACAUACCUCCUAUAGUCUUUGUUCAGGAUAAAGGAAAUGCUGCUCUAGCAGAGGUGGACAAAUUGCUAGCAACUGCUGAUUUUGGACCCCCAGAAGAGAAGGAAGAUUUUGUGCUGAAUAGCUCCAGGCACAAUGAGGUUCCAUCACAGAGUGCCCUUCAGGCUCCUCCUGCAUACUCAAGCCAAUUUGGGAUCGAUCAUGAGGCAUUCAACAAGCAGAUCAUGGAGUACAAGCGGAGGAAGGAGAAGGGACAGGGGCAUGGGAGCGGGGACCUGCCAGGGCCACCAUACACUACACAACAGACUGGGAAGAUGCACAAAAGGAAGAAGAAGGCCAGGUCCCACCUGGACAUGGACCUUUCCCCUAGGGCUCUUCUAUGGGAGAAUGCAACUGAGCAUCAUUUGAACAGUGGUGGCCCCCCUGAGGAUCAUAUCCUGGAGUAUGAAUGGGGAGGCCCAGAAGCAGAUCUAGAGGUGGGAAGAGAAGAUGGCCAGAAGGGUGGAAGCGACUGAAGGGUCCAAUUUGCAGACCAGGGGACAGCACAUUGGGACUUCAUAGGAAGCCUUGCACCUGGCAUGUCUGAGUCUGCUGCCUCCACUAACAAGAGAUGGCCCAAGAAAGCCUGUCCCAUCUCAGGUUGGGAGUGGCACAACUAGCUGUUGUGUGUGAAUGUGCCUUCCCCUCACCACACUUUUGUAACCAGGUCAGUUCUCAGCACUGAAAGGAAGGUUGGUCACACAGGCAUGUGCUCCUGGUACAGUUCAGGCAGAGCUUCUGUUGUUUUCACAUCUCUCUGAACUGCUAUUUUUAUGGUCUGUUACUGCCUGACGUUCCACAUUUGUUAUGCCUUUUGAUGGUUUUGCUGUUGAAAAAAAUGGUUCCAAGCACAUGCUGAAUUGCUCUCUAGUUUUCUCAGAGCAAGAAAGCAGUGAUGGACCUUCAGAGAAAAUGCUUGUGUCCGAUAAUCCUUAUUCAGGCUUGUCAGUGUUGCUGGAAGAAAAUAAAUU